AUGGCGCGGGUGUACGCAGAUGUCAACCAGAACAUGCCCAGGUCGUACUGGGACUAUGACAGCGUCAACAUAUCGUGGGGUGUGCUGGAGAACUAUGAGGUGGUGCGGAAGAUUGGACGAGGCAAAUACUCAGAGGUGUUCGAAGGCAUCAACAUCGUCAACUAUCAGAAAUGCGUCAUCAAGGUCCUCAAGCCGGUCAAGAAGAAGAAGAUAAAACGAGAGAUCAAGAUCCUGCAGAACCUUUCGGGAGGCCCGAACAUCGUUGCGCUGCUAGACGUAGUGAGGGAUAACCAGAGCAAGACACCGUCCCUCAUAUUCGAGUAUGUCAAUAACACCGACUUCCGGAGCCUAUACCCCAAGUUCGUGGACUAUGACGUGCGAUACUACAUCUUUGAGCUGCUUAAGGCGCUAGACUACUGUCACAGUAAGGGAAUCAUGCAUCGAGACGUGAAGCCGCACAAUGUUAUGAUUGACCACGAAAAACGAAAGCUCAGGCUGAUUGACUGGGGUCUUGCCGAGUUCUACCACGCAGGCACAGACUACAACGUACGAGUGGCUUCGCGGUACUUCAAGGGUCCAGAGCUACUUGUUGACUUCCAGGAAUACGACUACUCGUUAGACAUGUGGUCACUAGGGGCAAUGUUCGCAUCAAUGAUCUUUCGAAAGGAGCCAUUCUUCCACGGCAACAGCAACUCAGAUCAGCUUGUGAAGAUUGCAAAGGUGUUGGGAACCGAGGACCUGUUCGACUAUCUGGACAAGUAUGACAUCGAGCUCGAUGCUCAGUACGACGACAUCCUGGGAAGGUUCCCAAAGAAGGCUUGGGCCAGCUUCAUCAACGCUGAGAACCAGAGAUUUGUCAGCAACGACGCCAUCGAUUUUCUCGAUAAGCUGUUGCGAUACGACCACCAGGAACGUCUGACCGCGAAAGAAGCCAUGGCUCAUCCGUACUUCAGCCCUGUACGGCAAGCAGCAAUACAAAACAACACCGCCGGUUCAUCCCAUUCGUGA